AAUCACCAAAAACUAUUUUAAGUCCCUCUUAGAUCCAUAUUUGGUAACGGAUACUUGCUUUAAUGAGAUAAUCCAACAAUAUCCAUGUUAUUAGUUUUGAUGUGCACAUGUAAACAUGUCUUAUUCGGUGGUGAAUUGAUAGCAAAACGUUUUAAUGAUGAAGGGAAACAUGGUUUCGUUUCUGGUCUUAGUGGCUCUCUCGAUGCUGUUUAUAGAUCAUUAUGCACUGGGAUUCGAUGAGGAUGACGACGAGGACGACGAGGAGGACGAUGAAGGAUUCGCUAUGCUCUAUUUACAAAACUACCACUACCUUUCACCUGACGAAGACCUUGCCAAUCAAAACACCACAAAAGCAAUCGAGAACUUUCAGAAGUUCUUCGGACUUCAAGUCACCGGUCAUCUGGACGAAGAUACUUUGUACAUGAUGAAGAAACCGCGCUGUGGUGAUCCGGAUGUUAACAUCCAGGGCUUUCGUAUAAAGCGUUACGUAACUAGGGGCAAAUGGAGAAAAAGAAACUUAACUUAUUACUUAUCUUUCGGAGAUGACAUGAGUCGGGCCGAUCAGUCAAGAAUUUUCGCUGAAGCUUUCAAAUAUUGGAGCGACGCUGCACAAAACCUUACAUUCAACAGAACUCACGAUUACAACAACACUGACUUAAGAAUCAGUUUUGGGAAACGGUUGCAUGGUGGUGUCCCGCGUGAAAAGCCAUGCGCUUAUCCAUUCGAUGGAACAGGAGGAAUUAUAGCGCAUGCGUAUUACCCAUCUAGAGGAUUUAUCCAUUUUGACGAUGACGAACAUUUUACCGAGCUUGGUGGAGUUCAAGGCUGGUGGUGGAAUUCAAGGCAAUCCCGCUCUCUGCUUUACACAGCCGUUCAUGAAAUUGGUCAUGCUUUAGGUCUGGCGCACUCUAAUGUUCAAGGUGCCGUAAUGUGGCCGCUUGCACGCAAUGGGAGACCUGUUUUGCACCAAGAUGAUAUUGAUGGGAUCAAUUCAUUGUAUGGAAACCCCAAGAGAACGCAGACAGAUAAGGAAGAAGUAGAAACUUGAAGUAAAGGAAAAACAAGAAAAUAUUCCAAAUGUCCUUUCAACAUGGUAUCAAGAUGGCAUUAUUAUUGAAACAGUCCCAAUCUUAUACAGAUCUAUACAAUAUAUUUCUGUUUUCAAAAGCAAGGGUUUUAAGUCCUAUUUGAAUAUUUAUUGAGCGAACACAAGACAGAAGUAUUCAAUGUGAUCAAAAGGAAUCUUUAUGAACCAGCUGUAAUUUUGCAUGAGCGGGUUCAAAAUAUUAUUCUGUACACUAUUUGUUUUGGAUAACCUGUCAAAGUCUAGUACUUGCCUACUCUCUCAGGCUUUCAAAAUGGUCUUCUUUUUCAAAAUGAACGACCAAGAAAUAUUCAAAUAUCAACUGAAAAUAAGAUAAAUUAAGAGAAAUACAGCUCGCUUUGGGAAGAAUUUUAGUUUGGAUGUAUAUUAACGAUUGUUAAACCACUUUCUGUUUAAAGACGUGCUCUUUACCAAACAGCCCCUGCGUAGAUAAUGUACUGUUAAAAUGUCCGCAACAGAGUCCCAAGAUCUAAUAUACAAAGAAAAUAUUAAAAGACGUUACUAUAUUUCUCUAUAAGAUGUAUCCUUACUGGUAUGGUAGGAGUUUGCAAUAAACUAUAAACCAAAGUUGAACUUUAAAAUAAAUCUCAAUUUCAUGACUACGAGAUCUUUCGAUCACCGAUGAUUGAUUAGUGAUCGUAUGGUCUUGCACAAAUUGGAAAUGUACAGAAAAGAUCUUGACAAAAGCGUGACUAAAUCUGUACAUUCAUUUUCCUCUCUUUUCAAAGGGCAGCUACUGUACCUCUAGGUCAAAUGAAAAUGUCUAAAAGGUUAGGAAGUGGGUAAUAAGAAAUUUCUUUAGCUGGGGUGCUUCAUGUUUAAUUUUGUUUAUCUACAUAACUAAAAUGGUCCAAAUAUUGUGGUUUCCUAA